UGUAAAAGACGUUCCACACGUGGGCAGGCUUGGUUUUAAUCAUUACAAAAAUUUGAUCGUGAUAAUUUAUUAUAACGAUGUCAAUACCUUCAAAUUUUAGAAAAUGGAUCGCCGGAUUUAGUGCAUUAGGUGGUGCAAUGCUUUUUUACCCAAAUGAUAAUAAUCAUAACCAAUCGUUGGAAAAGCAACAUUCAUGGAUAACACCUCCUUCAUUUUGGGGCAAAUGGGAUCAUAAUUGGGAUAGACGGCAUCCACAAUGGUUAGAAAAUACAGCAGUAACAAAUAAUGAAACUAAUAAAGAAUCACAUAAAAAACGAUCAAUUAGGAAUAAAACAAAUAUGAAGCAUCACAUAAUUUUAAUCCGUCAUGGGCAGUAUAAUACAGAAGGCAAAACAGAUUCAGAUCAAACACUUACAAAUCUUGGUAAGGAACAGGCUAAAGCAGCAGGGAAAAGAUUACAAGAAUUAGAAUUACCAUAUACUCUACUUAUACAUUCAACAAUGACUAGAGCACAAGAAACUGCUAAAAUUAUAGAAAAAUAUCUUAAAAAUGUAACAGUUAAAGAGAAUUCAAUACUUAGUGAGGGUUUGCCAGUUCCACCUGAUCCACCAAUUAAUAUUUGGGAGCCUGAAAUACAUGUAGCAUAUAAUCGUCCAGAACCUAGUCAGGAAACGGAUUCUUAUAUUAUUCUUGUUUGCCAUGCAAACGUCAUUAGAUAUUUUGUAUGCCGAGCACUGCAAUUUCCACCUGAAGGCUGGUUACGUUUACGUUUGAAUCAUGGAAGUAUUACCUGGAUAUCUAUUCGUUCUAAUGGCAGAGUAACAUUAAGAAGUUUAGGUGAUAGUGGAUAUAUGAAGCCACAACUUAUUUCUUCGUAUUAAAACUAAAUAAUA